CUCGGACCGGCGUCGCUAUCGAAACCCACUCCAUCUCUAAUCCAACGGGCGGAGGACGAGACCGCCGACAACAACCGCAUAGCUGGGUGCAUCUGUAACUUCAGACAAAGCCCAUGGCGUGUCUGAAAACCUUCCCUUAUCUUCACCGCUCUCGCUCUCUCAUCGGCUUUGGAUCCCUCUUUUGUUCACCUCGCCUCUCGUGCUCACCCCAUCGCCGGCUCUUCGCCACGCCAUCCUCCGCCUCCUCCUCUUCCUCCUUGCUCAACAGCGCUGGCAUGGCUGCCGUCUCCAUCGUCGAGCAUGUGGUCCUCUUCAAGGUCCGAGACUCCACUGAACUGUCCAAGAUCGACGCCAUGAUGUCCGGUCUGCAAUCCUUGGCCUCUCUCGAUGUCGUGACCCACCUCACCGCUGGUCCCAUCCUCCGCCACCGAUCCGAAGCCGCCUCCGCCGCCGGGUUCACCCACUUGCUCCACUGCCGCUACCGAUCCAAAGACGACCUAGCGACCUACUCCGGCCACCCUUCCCACGUGGCCGUCGUCAAGGAACUCGUCCUCCCCAUCAGCGAUGACAUCAUGGCUGUUGAUUGGGUCGUCGAUCUCGAUGGCCCGGUGCUGCCGCCGCCAGGGUCGGCGAUGCGGCUCACCCUCGCGAAGCCGAAGGAGGGUGCUGCAGCGGAACUCAUUGAGACGCUAGGGAAGGUCAAGGUCUCGGCUCCAGCUGCGGUCACGCAGGUGAGUUUCGGGGAAAACUUCUCGCCGGCAAGGGCCAAGGGGUACGGCGUGGGCCUUCUGACGUUCUUUCGUAGUCUAGAGGCGCUCGACGCGAUGGAUGCAGGACAGAAGGACUUGGUAGAUUCGGUGAAGGAGAAGGUCAGGCCGCUCCUGGAGAGCUUCAUUGUGCUUGAUUUUGUGCUUCCGCCUCCAACUGCGGCUAACCUUUGAUGCUUCUUCACCCACAAUCCACAGAGGGAAUAGGGAUCGGAAUGCCUUUGGGAAAAAAAUGUGAAGUAUAGAAGGUAGAAGGGCUGAUAGAUGGAGAGUGAUACUAUUUGAUGCGUGUUGUGGCACAAGUAAAACUGUAAAAGAGCCAAGAGUUUAAUCAAAAGGGGACAAGGUCAAAAUGUCAAGCAGUUACUUAUGGACCAAGAAGUAACAGGUCUUCAGGUUUUUGCCAAUGUGGUUUCUUGGUUUGACAAGUGAUACUGCUUGGAAGAAGCUUAAUGACUAGAAAAGAUCUUUGGAAGUUUGACUCCAAGCAGUUGGGGACAUUGUGAUUAGUUGUUACAAUAGAUUCUAUCUGUUUCUUCCCUUCCAACUUUUUAAUAGUUGAGUUGUACGAUACCGAUAUCGAUUUUU